AUUUUAUUUUGCGACAAAAAUUUGAGGAAAGUUGUAAAACGACAGUGAUUUUAGAUAAUUGAUAGUUUUAUUUACGCCCUUGAAUCGAUGCCGGCAACUACAUGAAGAAUCCCAGAAACACAGGAGGAAUAAUGCGAAAGUAUUACCAGCUGAUUCUUGUUAUCGUUUGCUUUAUUAGCAUCGUAACAUUGCUCAUAUAUCGCCACGAGUAUUACAGACUGCGAUAUGUACUUGAAGUGCUCAAUUUCUUCGGUAAGCCCGGUCUUUCGGAAAUAGAAUUCUGCGGGCCUGGCUUUAACGCCACCAUGCUCUCGGAGAUACUUCGGAAUUCGUCCAUGGAGGUUCGUGAAACUCCCCCGCUUUUUCAAGAAAUCGACGAGAAUUUCUACUCAUACUCCUCAUUCUUAAGAUCGUAUCAAAAAUAUGAAAAACUGUCUCAAGAACAUGCUCACAAUAUUGAUACCAUUGUGAUUGGUAAAGCGCAUGUAAGACCUAACUUUCGAUGCAACAUUUGGCUUGAGAACUCAGCUAAGCCCAGAUCAGGAAGGUUCAUUUACAAAAUUGUCUCUGAGCCUUCAAACGAUUUUCGACUUUACAUCUUUCAAUGCUCUCUGAAUAAGAAUCUAGGUAAACCUAAAGGUGUUAGUUUCUACAUGAAUGACUACAACAUCAACCCAAUACAUGCCCCGAUAAAUAGAGUGAUUCAAGUGAACACUAAAAGGAAGGCUCGUGAAAGAAGCAGCAUCAGAUUUGUAAACAAUAUUGAGCCUGCUAUUUGUGUUAUACCAAACCAAGUGCCUUUGGUCUCUAGAGAUGCUUUCAUUGAAUUCCUUGUGUAUCACCACAUGAUGGGAGUCAAUGCUUUUACCAUUUAUGACAGUAUGAUCUCAGAAGAUAUCAUUAGAAGGCUCAAUUUGCUUCCAGCAGAUAUAACCCAAUGGAGCAUACAGUUUUUCCCACUAAACUAUCCUUUCAUAUUUUCAAAGUCCUAUGACAUUGUCAGAAGUGCAAUAGAACUGGAUUGCUUGUUCAGACACUUCAAAUAUGACAAAGAGGAGUCUGAAAAAGCCAGCCAUGCAAUGGUUCUCUCUUGGGAUGAAUUCUUAGUACCACGAGUUCAUAAUAAUAUCAAGGCCAUACUGGAUGACUUUGAUCCUACAAGAAAAAUGAGAUCAAUUGAGGUCAAACCUCUUCUGUUCUGCCUCAAUCAAAUUGACGAUGAUAAUGCUGAGAUUGGAUACCCAGAUAUCAUGAAGAAAACUCAUUAUUAUGCAUUGCCACAGCCUAUGAAGUCUGUGUAUGUGAGAAAUUUAGAUUCAAUGACAUCAUUUAGUGAUAUUUUCAACCUUAAUUCAACUAGCAAAGUUGUUCCCAUAGAUAUUCUGGGUGUACAUAAGUAUACUGAGUGUAGGGAUCCUAAAUUAUUCCAUCCUGGAGGUGUGGGUUAUAAUGAAACGCAAAUGCAAGUUUUCCAGCACAAAUUUGAAGGUGCCAUGUUGAAGUUUGGCCAAAGUCUGGUCAGCAAUAAGAUAUACAGGCUGUAUACGUCCGGCCAAAUCUGGGAGAAAGCCUCGAGUGAGAAUGUCAGGGAUAUGUUGUGAAUGUUGAGCAAUAUUAUUCAAUUACUAGAUGGAGCUAUAAGUUCUUAGAGGGAAAUGCCUAAUGAAAUUUUAAAUAUAGUUGUAAACCAAUUGUGCAAUAUUUGGUAGCACAAAGCUGUUUUUAAUCACUAGCUAAAAUAAGGCAUCUUCAACAAAUUAUAGUUUCUUUUCUUUCUAUGUAUUCUUGAUGAAAGAAAUGUGUUUUUAAAUGACAGCAUUUUAAAGUUUUCUAUUAAUUACUAUUUAUUUAAUGAGUGACAUGAAAGUUGCCAUAUUACCAAUGGAAAGUUUUAUUUUUUAUGAAUGCCAUGUGAAGUACAAUUAUGUUAUUUCAAAUUUACUAACUAUGAAUUAUUAUUUAUAUUAUUUUUUGUAUACUAUUGUUAAUAAUUAAACUUUAUAGUGUUUCGAAUAACAACUAAAAAUACUGUUAAUUUAUUCUUUUAGUUUUAUUAUUAAUCUGUUUAACUCUUUAGUUUUAGAUAAGUAAAAGGUAUGAACUAGAAUAGAGACCAGUAUAAAAUUGUAUAGGCUUUGUAUUAUGUACAAAUACUAUUUGUAUGAUCUCUGUAACUAACAUUUUAGUUUCUUUUUCACCCAUUUAAAUAAUAAGACAACUAAUUAAAAUUAUUGUUUUCAUGAUGAGAACUUUUUGGGUACUUUGCUGUGCCUAACGUAAUGUAAGAGAAAUAGGUGUUUGUAUGUAAUAUAAAGCCUAAGUAUACAACUUGUUAUUGAAAACACAACUAAAAUUAGUUUAUUCAAAAUCAAUAACACUAUUUUUAGUGUAGGUUAGUUUUGAACAAAUGUAGUAUUACUAUCUCCUGUCGAAUCUAACAAUUAAAUGGUGCACGCAAUACUACGCUAUUGAUAGCCAUGGAAGCCCUACGUGUCGUGAGAUAUGAACCAAUUACAGACACGAUAUCAAAAAAUAAUAUUUCGUCCAUAAAAAUAAACGUUUUAUCAUUGAGGCUGUUUUAAUAACAGCUUUUGUGCUAUUUCUAUUUCAAGUUGUAUAUGUACUUCUGUGAGGCAGACAGCAUUUUAAAGAUUUAAUAUUUACAUUAGUACUCUACAACUCGGUGAGAUAAUAGCGCACCUGGCUGCCGUGACGUCACAUCGACGCUGCCGUGACGUCGCAUUCCAGCGAGGUUCGCAUUUAGCUCGAUUGGGUUGUAGCCCUAUAGCGUGGUCUUUCAGACUCAUCCAAAGUAUUGAAAGUUGAAUUUAAAAUGCAGUAUGUCUCUAGUAGUCUAAAUACAUAGUAGAUAACCAUUAUGUCGAUAAUGCGAGAAUGUUACGAGGUUGUUAUGGAUUGUUAGAAGUUGUGCCUUGAAUAAUAAGGGUGGGUAGCUAAGUAGUACAGUAGUACUGUUCCCUAUAAGGUUGUGGCCUUACACACAGGUGAAAAAUGGUGCAUAAUUGAUUGAAAAUUGAUCUAUUACACCGUCAUUGACGCUUAUAAUAGCACAAAUUCGAAUUAGAAAUAUUACAAAGCUUUUGAAAAAUAUUACAAAUUCUUUACGGAACAACGCCAUCUAUCGAUUGUAUUGAAUGUAACAAUAUUUCUAGAACCAAUACAAAAAUACUUAUGGCCUGCACUAUCCUUGUCUCUCGUGCUUUGCAAUACAGUAUUGAGUGAAAGAGACGGGUAGUCUACUACACUAGAUAGUUUCUUGUAGUAAUUUAAUAGCCCAAUGGGAUCUCACUGUUAUUUUAUCCGCUACCCACAACUGCUAUGGAAGUUCUGGAGACGUAUUUUUGAACCAUUAGAAUUCAAAUACAACUAAAAUCUUCAUGCGAACUUGUUCCCACUUUUAUCCAAUACGAAUUCGUAUACAAUUUACUAGCGAUUUUGAAUUCUAAUGCUUUGAAAAUAUGCCCUUGGCCUGAGGUUGCAUUUACAAGACUGCUUGUUUGUAUUUUUAGAAGUAUGGAAUAGUUAUAAACCCCACAAGGUAUCUAAAAUAUAUUAUUUAAUAAGUUCACGACUUUGUCGGGCAAUUUGAUUAUAAUGUAUGAGUGAUAAAUUCAUAAUUCAGUAGAGGACACAGUGUAAAGAACAUAAGCUUAAAGUUAGUAGAUUGUAGGGAUUUUUAAUACUAAAAUGCAAUUGAAUAAGACUUAAACUUUCUCUAAUAAUAUUAACAUUUAAUUUAAAAAUAAUAAUAAUUUCUACAACUGUCAGGUAUUAUCAGUAUACAAAUUAUCAUUUCUCUUUUUAAUGUUAACUAACCAACCUAGCAAUUUGUGUAUUUGUAAACGACAGAAUUGCACUUCUGUAGGUAUUUAACAAUUUUUAACUAUACUCACCUUAGCCAUCUGCAUAUUUCUUAUUUAGCUACCUUUUUGACUCAAUCGAACCACACAAUAUUUGGAAAACUCUAGUCGAUUACUUAUAGUAAAAAAAUAUAAUACCCAUACUAAAAACACUUGCCAAUCAAAUGUAUAUUAAUUUUAGUUCUCUGUGUAGUACAAUUACAUUUUAGUUGUUUGUCACUCAAUAUCAGUAGGCAAUUCAUUUAACCAGAUAGAGACUCUAAAAAUAUCCGU